AAUAUAUACAUAUCCAAUAUUUUAUCGAACGAUUGACGUUAUCUUAACGAAAACGGAAGUAUGUCUUGGACUGCCUCUUUCGAUUACGCUACGAGUUUUGUUGGUGUUUCGACCUUUAUAUUCUGCUUCUAUAUGAUGAAAAGACCAAAGGGUUUUCCACCUGGUCCAUAUGGACUUCCGAUCGUCGGUUAUAUCCCAUUCAUUGGAAUAAAUCCCGGAGAAACUUUGCGACAAUUGAAGGAAAAAUAUGGAUCUGUGAUGUCUGUACAAAUGGGGCGAGAUGAUUGGGUUAUAUUGAAUGACUUUGACAAUAUUAACGAGGCACUGGUGAAACAAGGAGAUAAAUUUUCCGGACGCCCAGAAAAUUAUGUUUUUGAUCUCAUAACAACAGGUCGAGCUCUAAACACUAGAGAUUACGGACCUGUCUGGAAAGAUUUGCAUAAGUUUGGAUUGAUGACUUUAAAAGGAUUUGGUGUCGGCAAGAAAGGAAUGGAGGCAAAUGUAAUCGAAGAAACACCUUUUCUAAUAGAAAAUUUGACAAGUAAAAACGGACAAAGAUUGCAUGCGAAGCUAUUUCUAGCCGUGUCAAAUAUUAUUUGCCGAGUCAUAUUGGGUUCGAGGUUUGAAUAUAAUGACAAAAAAUUCAAUCACAUGCUGGAAAUCGUUCAGAAAUAUGCCGAAAACACAACGCAUUCCAAACUCUUGACAGCGUUGUCAUUGGCCCCACUGUUACGAUUCUUCCCGCCAUUCAAAGGAGUUGCAAAGAUUACCAAAGAUGAUUCAAACAGUAUGUUAGGUUACUUACGCGAGAUAGUCGAGAAGCACGAAUCCAACUUUGACGAAAACGACAUUCAUGACUUCAUUGAUGCCUUUCUAGUUGAGAUGAAAAGAAGCAAAACGAACGAUAAAAGCUUCAAUAAACAAAUGCUCAUUCAAUUCAUUCGAGAUCUUUUUGACGCUGGAUCAGAAACAACAAGCACAACCUUAGCAUGGGCACUGUUGUGCUUUGGAAAUUAUCCAGAACGACAAGAACGAAUAGCAGAUGAAGUUAUUAAAACACUGGGUGAAGACGGUGUACCAAGUAUGAAACAUCAAAGUGAAAUGCCUUAUACAUGUGCUUUCAUACAUGAAUUGAUGAGACAUCGAACGUUAGCCCCAUUGAGUAUAUAUCACAAGACCAACGAAGAAGCGACUCUUGAUGGAUACACAAUUCCUAAAAACACGACGGUCGCUCCCAAUCUAUGGGCUGUGCAUUUUGACCCCAAACACUUCGAAAACCCGGAAGAAUUUCGACCUGAGAGAUUUCUCGACCGUGACGGAAAAUUCGUCAAAUCAAAUCACGUGAUCCCCUUUUCAAUCGGUCCUAGAAGUUGCCUAGGAAUACAACUGGCCAAGAUGGAGAUUUUCAUCUUUCUAACUGGAAUAGUUCAAAAGCUGAAGGUUUUGCCCGACCCAAAGAAACCCCUCCCGUCCUUCCAUGACGGUUGUUUCAGCCUAGUCACUUACCAACCGCGUGAUUUUGAAGUUAUUUUUGAAAGACGCUAAAUGACUUGGGAAAUAUAUCUUGUACAUAAGAACGUUAUAAAUCGGAUGCUUUAAUCCAGAGGGGCGCCACUUGAACAAUUUAGUAAACGUAUAUCAUAGAUUCUUAGACUCCUGUAACUUUUCAAUAAAAUCAGUGAUGAAUAUUGCUCCAAUCUCUGACUAGAUAGAUACCAGCAGCUUUAACAGCAGCUAUUUUUUAUAUUAUUUUAAAAUUGCCUUUUUUUCAAAAUUCCUACAUUCGUCCACUUGCUUUUUUCUUUCAUUACACUGAGCAAAACAGAACUUGAAUUUUAAUUACUCCAAAACUUGUAAUUUGUUUGAUUUGGUUUCAAAUGUAUAUAUUUCACUAUAUGAAAAUUACAAAUAUUUUAUUUACAAAAGUUCAACUUUGACUUUGAAAUAACUCGUGUUUAUCUGCCACUUAGAUAAAAUUGACAUUAAGGAAGCUCCGGUGAUAAACGAAUUCAGAUGUAUGAUUCGGUAUUCAUUAAAAAAUAAAUUCCCUCAGGUAUUAUAUAAAAUUGAUUGUUGUAUCAUGAAAUAGCAUUCCAACAAUUUAUUGAGAAAUCAAAACAGGUCAAAUUUUGGAAUUUGGCAAUAAACUGUGCAUAUUUAUGUAAACAUGGGUGCAAGUAGACUAAAUAAAUAUGUUUUCAGCAUUUACCGUCAACGCGAAUGAAUGCACUACAUUUUGCAGACGUCAAACUAACAUAUGUGAUUUACUGUUGACCUCCGCCCUUGCCGGGCUGUCAACAAGUUCUGAACAAUUUUCCAAACAAAGUAAUGUCCUGUGUUGCAAUACCUUCAAAUUUUUGUUUUUUUUUGCAGAAAAACUUCUUACAGCAAAACUUGAUACAUAUCAAUCAUUUAUAAAUACCAAUUUUAUUUAACUAUUAUCAUGGUGUAUGAAGUCAGUAAAUAUAACUAUGUUGUUGGAAAUUGAAAACUGUAAUGUGGCUCAUUCAAAAACAUAAAAAUCUUAAUAAGCUGCAACAGAAUUUCAGCAAUGCUAUGAAGCUGCCAAAAAAAAGUAUCGCAAUUUCUCAAUAUUAUUGCUAAUACAUAGAAUCAAAAUGAAAUCAAAAUGUUUCAAAACGAAAUGGAAUCGAGUAGAUUUACGGGUAUUGUAAAUACUAUUGAUACCAUCAUGAAUUCGUAACAAAUAAUGUCAAAGUUCACGACUCAGCAACUCUUUGCUUUAUUUACCUAAUUUAUGUCGUUGAAGUAUGGAGUGAUCCCAAAGAAAACAGAAUCCAUAAAUUUCCUAAUUAUAACAACGAAAAUAAAAAAAAUUCAUUUAUAACGCAAACUUUUGUUAGUGUAUAAAUUCAGUAAUCUAGGAUGGUUUGCAAAAAAGUGGUUUUCUUCUAUGGAAUAUAUUUUAUAUGGCCUAAUCAGGUCCGUUUUUUUUUAAUUUCACGAUCGAUCGAUUGGAUAAUACGUAGGAAAAUAAUUCCUGUAAGAAGAUAUGCGACUAAAUGUCGACACAUUGUAUUUUGUUAGCAAUUUUUCUUUAAACAUUCAUAUUUUCAAAGUGUUCAAAUACUUUUUUUAAAUAAGAAUUGUUUUUCAAACCACGACAAUGCACGAAUGAACAAUUCAAAUUAAGAUAAUUACUAAUUUUGAACCUUCAAAUGACCGUCAUGUUCUGCGAUGAUUUGCAAAAAUAGCGAGGCAAACUUGAUUUAAACAAGAAUUGAACAACAUUACUCAUAGUUAGAUGAACAUAUAAUCUUGACAAUUUGCAUAGAAUUUGAAUUUUUGUUUUUCAAUCAAUCUAUUGAUAGUAUUUAGUAGUUAAUAAAAGCCAAACUAAAGCUGAUUCUUGAUUUUAGAUGUGACCUUGAGCUAAAUACUGAAAUAAAUUUUGUGGUCAUUUAUUUUGAUUGAGUUUAAUGCUUUUUUCUAAAUAUUAAAUAUAUUGAUAUCAAUUUACUGUUAUUGCUUUGUUAGAUGCUGAUGACGUUUUGAGGAAUAUUUUAAUUAAGCUUUUUAGUUUUACUGCAAAUUCGUUUAUCGAGGGCAAGAAAUUAUCUUGUUCAAUCUAUAGAAGAAAGCGCUUUUUCUGUUGACAAAAAUUAAAAUUUAAAUGGGAAGUAAUGUAAAAAUUAUUAAAUUUUCCAUUUGUAAAAAA